UGUAGGUUCUUAGACCUUCCCAACACAACACACGAGCGAAACCGUUCGUUCCUUCUCACUUGCACGUCUCGUUUCGACUCGGAGCCCAUAUUGUGUGACUAACUGACGCCUGAGAAGAAUCGGCUAUUUUGCCUUGGGCUAUGGCAGACAACUACAUUUGCGUUGAUCCACUGUCGGCCAAGCCUAUCGACUGCUGGAGGAAAUAUGUCAGACAAGGACGAGUUGCUGAACCUGCUAAAACAUUAAAACUCGACACCCCAGUAUUCGACAACAAAGUCAGAUUUGUAUGCAUCUCCGAUACACAUGAAAAACUAGACGAAUUUUUGCCGAUGAUCCCCGAUGGCGACGUCCUUAUCCAUGCAGGAGAUUUCACAAAUUAUGGCGAUCUUGGAGAAGUUAUCAAGUUUAAUGCAGAAAUCGGUAAACUCCCUCACAAAUAUAAGAUAGUAAUUGCUGGAAAUCACGAAUUGGGAUUUGAAGAUGGUGAAGAAAUGAACGAUAAACAACUCGCCGGUUUGAAUAUGCUUGGUAUCAACAAAGCAUACGAGUUGCUCAGCAACUGUACAUACCUCUGCGAUCGUGCCAUAGAGGUAUACGGUAUAAAGGUCUAUGGUGCCCCGUGGCAUUCAAUGCCAGGCUAUUCCUUCUACCGCCCACGGGGACAGAAAAUGCUACACAAAUGGAAUCAAAUUCCCCUAAAAACUGACGUCUUAAUCACACAUACCCCACCUUUGGGCCAUGGCGACUUCAACUCUUGGAAUAAAAUGGAUGGAAUUCUUGCCGGAGAUGUAGAAUUACUCAACACCGUUGAACAACGUGUAGUCCCAAAAUACCAUGUCUUUGGUCAUGUUCAUCAAAUGCACGGAGCCACCACAAAUGGAGUCACCACAUUUAUCAACGCUGCACUUUGUGAUCAUAAACUUCGUAGUGCCUACGACCCUAUCAUAUUCGAUCUUCCACUUCCGCGCGGUCAAGCCAGUUGUAAAGUAAUAAUCAUUUCACAGUUCUCUCAGUUGUUGGUACCACCAAUGGGUUGUACUCAUAGCAAGAAAAACUCGAAAAUUUCUUCAGAUAAACCAGUCCCAAAAGUAAUCAGUGUGUCCCGGUCUCACUCGCGACCAGCAAGCAUACAGUACUCCGUAUCACCGACCUCUUCAAGCAGUGAAAAAACAGCGAGAAACUCGCGACAGUCACACUCAAAAAAUGACAUGGUGGUGAUUUGCACGCCGGAGAAGCUGACGACCCCAAAAAGCGCAUCUGUACACAGAGAGCAAGAACACGAAGUGAUGGAACUUCAUCCGGAGGAGCUCGUGGUGUCUACUCCAGUCAAUACACCGCCAAGACAAGAUCCUAUCGAGGCUGCGAGAGAAGCGGCGCGCGAAGCUGCUCGCGCGGCAGCGAGGGAAGCAGCUCGCGAAGCGGCUAGAGAGGCCGCCAAGGAGGCACGAAAAGAACGUCGAAGGAGAGAGGAAAGGCACAGGAAUAGACAUCAUCCGCCACCAGCGCUAAAUACAUUCUGGGAUCAGGAGGACCAGGACUACAUUAUGCGGAAGAACAUGCAACGCAACCAGAGAAGACUGCAUGCACUACAAGAUCGCGAUGAAACGGAUGACACGCUAUUUGAGAUUCCAACACGAAUGCCAGAAAUGGAUUUUACACAUCCAUCAAUGGUCGUCAGCUAG